AAAGACCAGCGUCCAGCAGCAAAAGAGGCGUAGCACCUCUUUGAUAAUGAGAGUGAGCAAACGCCAAUAGCAGCCGAAAUCUUUCCUGUAGAAUCUUUGUAUGCAGGUUGCGUUAAGAGUAUCAUCUCCCCUCCGAUCUCCACUCCACUCCCCACUCAACGAAUUCCACACCUUCGGAGAAGUGUUCGAUCUGGAGGAGGAGGCGGAGGAGAAGAGGGCAUUCACGAGCGGGGCUUUGGUGAAUCUUGUGGAUUUGGACGCCGCUACAUUCGCCACCGGCAUCAGAUGCGGAUCUUGCAGCUGGGGCUGUUGGUCGCUCUCGCAUCUGGUGUUUCCGCGAUCCUCAUCUACAUCGUCGGAGUGUCCAACCAAUAUGAUAGACUUAGGGUUACAGAAGAUGAUCUGAACGCGUUGAGGGCAUUGCAGAGUGGCUUUAAGAAGUGCGUGGAUUCCAAUGGUUUAGGAUUACAGGCUCUUAUAAGCCAGGAUUUUUGUCAAGUUAAGAUACAGUACCCCAGUGAUACAGUGUCAAAGUGGAGUGACCCUGAAACCGGAGAACCUGAAGGCUUAUCAUUCGAUUUCAACCUUUGUGAAGCAGCUGCCACUUGGGAGCAGGUUCGCAAUAGUUCUACCAUACUUACAAAAGAAUUUAUUGAUGCAUUACCAAAUGGGUGGGAGGAAUAUGCAUGGCGCAGGAUCAAUAAAGGAAUACAACUGGAUCAAUGCAAAAAUAGAACAUUAUGCAUGGAAAAACUUAGUUCAGUGCUUCCUGAAACACCACCUUUUGUCCCACGGCAAUUUGGACGAUGUGCUGUUAUUGGUAAUUCUGGCGACCUUCUAAAGACAAAAUUUGGGGAGGAAAUAGAUGGCUAUGAUGCUGUUGUGAGGGAAAAUGGAGCUCCAAUCCAGAACUAUACACAAUAUGUGGGGAGGAAAAGUACAUUUCGACUUCUUAACAGAGGAUCUGCUAAGGCACUGGAUAAAGUUGCAGAGCUUGAUGAAACGAAGAAGGAGGUGCUGAUCAUUAAAACCACUAUUCAUGACAUCAUGAACAAAAUGAUUCGGGAAAUCCCAAUUCGGAAUCAAGUAUACCUCAUGUUAGGCACCUCCUUUGGUUCUUCAGCUAAAGGAACUGGACUUAAAGCUCUUGAGUUUGCUCUGUCCAUCUGUGACACUGUUGAUAUGUAUGGCUUCACAGUGGAUCCAGGAUAUAAAGAAUGGACUAGGUACUUUUCAGAGUCUAGGAAGGGGCAUACUCCACUUCAUGGUAGGGCAUAUUAUCAGAUGAUGGAGUGUUUAGGAAUUAUCAAGAUCCAUUCUCCUAUGCGUGCUGAUUUUAGCGGAAGAGUUAACUAUCUGCCAAACAAAAGCACACUUGAUGCUGCUCGAAUUGCAUCUGAGAAACUUUUGAGGAGAGCAGGUGCUGGGACGAAUGACAAAUUUGGUGCAUGCUCUAUCAUGAAUAAGGGCCAGAAAGGAAAGUUUCCGACCAUUCCAGGACUGCGUGAACCCGCUGUCAAUCAUCAGAGAUAUGUGGAAGGUGCUUCCAUGUAUCCUCUGGAAAGAAACACCGGCCAUGGAAUGCUAUGUGUGCUACCAUAAACAAAGAGUAAUCCAUGAUAGCUCAGAAAUCAGAUCAAGUUUUGAAGAAGAUAUUAACGACCGGACUGAAAUCAUUUCAUUACGGGUUGAAUCUGUCAUAAGCUGCCCAAAUGAUGCCAAAGUACUGGUGCUCUACUGCCUCUACAAGGCCCCAUUGCAUUUGGGUUCCUCCUAAAGUAAGCAUAUUCAGUUCGUAUGCCUCAAUCUUUUUGGUAAAUAGGUGGCCUGAAAAAACUUUUAGACAAAAGAUAGAUCCACAUGAGCUCGCUAAAUUUCUUUGCUUUUAGUUCAUUCAUAAUUUAAUACUGCUGAAGAAAUUCAACAAUUAAAACAUCCAAGGAAGUGGUAGAGAAUUUCAUGGUCUUUGCUCGUCAUUCUUUUCUUAUAAUUUUCAAUACAUUUUUUCCUUUGUGCAUUUGCUUCCUGCAUGUAGCCAAUAUUGGAAAACUGCGUGUAUAGCAUUUCUUUUGUUUCGUUUUGAAGUAUAAUAA